AUGGAGACAGAUUGGACGGACGCCACGGAGGCCAAGCUGGUGGGCACCCCCACCACCUCCCGCAAACGACGCGCGACAGAGCAGCAGCAGCCCGAAGACAACGGCCAGGGCGGCACCUCCGGCAGCGGCAGCAGCACCGGUGGGAGCCUCGAAGGGCAGCAGCCGCCGCCGCCUGAGAGGCAGGUGCCGCCUGCUGCCGAAGAGGCAGAGGCAGCAGCAGCAGCACCGAGCGCGAAGCGUGUGCGUCGGGAGCUGCGGCGGAGGAACACCCUCGAGUACAUCCCCCUCAACGAGCAGCGCCGCCAGCUGGCCGCCGCCUCCCUCGAGGGCGCCGACAGCACCGAACAGUUCCGCCCCCUCGACGGGUUCGUGACGCCGCUCCUGACGGACUUCUACCAGCUGACGAUGGCGUACGCCUACUGGCGCAACAACACGCACGAGCAGCCGGCCGUGUUCGACCUCUUCUUCCGCAAGAACCCCUUCCACGGUGAGUUCACCAUCUACGCGGGCCUCGAGGAAGUGGUCCGGUUUGUGAGUUCGUUCCGGCUGAAGGCGGGGCAGCUGGAGCAACUGCGUGGCCUCAUGCCCGAUUGCGAUCCGGCCUUCUUCGAGUGGCUGGCCACCGUCGAUUGCUCCCGCAUCAAGGUCUACUCGCUCCCCGAGGGUACGGUGUGCUUCCCGCGCAUUCCGAUGAUCCGCGUGGAAGGACCCAUGGCCAUCGCCCAGAUGCUUGAGACCACCCUCCUGACGCUGGUCAACUUUCCGUCGCUGGUGGCCACCAACGCCGCUCGCCAUCGCCUGGCGGCCGGGCCGGGCAAGGCCCCGAUGGAGCGAUCUCGGCUUCGCGCUACACCUACAUCGGAGGCUGCGACGGCACCAGCAACGUGCUCGCCGGCCUCCUCUUCGGCCUCCCCGUCAAGGGACCUGCCCGAUGCCACCCUGCGGCACAAGACCACGGGCGAGACUGAAGAUCUCCUCAAGCUUGCCCUCCGCUGCCGCGAGGAGCUGGGCUUCGCCGACACCAACACCGGCGAACUCACCGCCUUCACCGCCUACGCACGGGCGUUCCCCAACGGGUACCUGGCGCUGGUGGAUACCUACGACACGCUCAAGUCGGGGGUGCCCAACUUCCUGGCCGUGGCCCUCGCGCUCCACCGGCUGGGCUACCGCGCCGUCGGGGUGCGCCUCGACUCGGGGGACUUGGCCUACCUGUCCAAGCAGACGCGCAAGAUGUUCCGCAGCGCGGGCAAGCGGGUCGGGCUGGACUACUUUGGGCAGUUCAGCAUCACGGCCAGCAACGACAUCAACGAGGACACCCUCGUCUCGCUCAACCAGCAGGGCCACGAGAUCGACGUGUUCGGCAUCGGCACCAACCUGGUCACCUGCCAGGCCCAGCCCGCCCUCGGGUGCGUCUACAAGCUCGUCGAGAUACACGGCAUGCCCCGCAUCAAGCUCUCCCAGGAAGUCUCCAAGGUGACGCUGCCGGGCCGGAAGGAGGCCUUCCGUUUGUACGGUAACCAGGGCUCGCCCGUGGCCGACAUCCUCGUCCCCUCCCACUGCGAGGCGCCCCAGGAGGGGAAGCGUCUGCUGUGCAGGCACCCGUUCGACGAGAAGAGGCGUGCGUACGUGACGCCCACCAAGGUGAUGCCGCUCCUCAAGCUGGUGUGGGACCAGGGCAAGCUCGUCACCGAUUUCCCCACCAUGGAGUCCCUCAAGGCCUACGUCACCGGCCAGCUGCAGGAGAUGCGUCCGGACCACCUGCGCCUGCUCAAUCCGACCCCGUACAAGGUGUCCGUCUCGUCGGAGCUCUACAGCUUCAUCCACGACCUGUGGCUGCAGGAGGCGCCCAUUCCCGACAUCUCCUCGUCCAACGACGUCAACGAAGACGCCGCCUGA